AUGUUCUUUGGCACCGAAUGCCCUCAGUACGUGCGUCUGCACUUCUGUCAGUCAGAGGGAGCAGUCUGCAGAAUCAGGGUCCCCCAGGGCAACGAUCUGUAUCCGUUCCUCUUCACCCUUUACACCUCAGACUUCACCUACAACAUACCAAAGCUAGUGAUCGAUUUUAGGAGAAGACCCCCACCUCACUCCCCCGUGAACAUCCAGGGGCAGGACAUAGAAAUGUAUACAAUCUAUAACAACCAGCCUCACACAGAGGCUCUCCUGUGUGAUCGUUGUCAGCUCAGUAACUUUAUGGUCCCUGACUUCCUGUCAGUGGUUCAGACCCCGAACCAUGGGCCUAAAGGGAUAGUUAAUGGAGAUGAGUCCUCAGCAGAGCCUGAUGACAACACCUCCUUUUACCCGCUCUCAGCCGUAUUUCGUCUGUAUGUGUACGCUCUGCACGGCUGCCUCUGUGAGGUGGCCUUCACAGCUGUGUAUGAUUGGUGCAGCACCCGGGACAGGAGGCUGACGGGACACAGCAGCCUGUGGGCACUGCCCAUGUACGCCACUGCAAUCUUUUUCAUGGAAGGCCUGAGGACCCGGCUCCUGGCCCAGCACUUCUCACUUCCUGUGCGACUGACAGCUUAUACUUUAGUCAUUUACACAUGGGAAUUCAGCUGGGGGGUGGGGCUGAGUCUUCUAGGGGCCUGUCCCUGGGAUUACUCAACCCAUCGAUACAAUCUGGGUGGACUGGUGACUCUGGAGUAUGGACUGGCCUGGGCUGUUGCAGCAUUUAUAGCAGAGCAGCAUGUAAUCAGGAAUACACUAAGGAUAAGACUGAAAAACAACUGAUUGCAUGAUUAUCUUCCAAAAUCACAUUACAUUGGAUGUAAUUUUUGCACUAUUCUACGUUAACUGUAUUCUUAAUUCUAAAUGGUGCAAUAAUAAAAAUAUGUAUUUUCCUGCUCCUUCAUGAUGCAUUUUGUCUUAAUGGUGCAAAAUAUGUAAUGUGUGGGAGGUUUAUUUAGUGGUUGGGUGGGGUUUUUUUUAUCAGGUCCUCUUGAGCAAAAAUGCAACCUUUUCAUUUUUUUUUAACAGAAUUAGAACCAGAAUCAAGUU